GCGGAACAGCGGGCACCGAGUCGUCUGGCAAGACUGCGGGCACCGAGUCGUCUGGCAAGACUGCGGGCACCGAGUCGUCUGGCAAGACUGCGGGUCACGAGUCAACUGGCAAGACUGCGGGCACCGAGUCGUCUGGCAAGACUGCGGGCACCGAGUCGUCUGGCAAGACUGCGGGCACCGAGUCGUCUGGCAAGACUGCGGGCACCGAGUCGUCUGGCAAACAGCGGGCACCGGGCACCGAGUCGUCUGGCAAGACAGUGGGCUCCGAGUCAACAGGCACGACAGUGGGCACCGGGUCAUUUGGCUUGCCAGCGGGCACCGCGUCAU